AUGGAAAAAGAACCAUCGUUUUCAUCUUCCCAGCGGAGAGCGAGGGCUCCUCAAACAGCUAGACCGAUUCAAGUUCAAAGAGGACUACCGCCGCAGACUCCCAGACAGCAUCCCGCGCUUCACAGGAUACCGUCCUCCAGGCGCAAGUCCACCAUACGCCUCUCUCCUCUUCCCCCAUUUAUCUGGCUCACCAAGAUCCCACUGAAGUACGAAAUCUGGUUCUUCGCCUGGAUUGGCGCAUUCGGCGGGAUACUCCUAAUCGAAGCCAUCAUGUCCACGAGCACAGCAUUCCGGGACGUGUAUAACACGCCGACAAUUGUAACCUCCUUUGGUGCAUCAGCCGUCCUCCUCUUCGGCGUGAUUGAAUCGCCCGUUGCACAGCCCAGAAACUUUGUUUUUGGCCAUUUCUUGUCUGCGCUUGCGGGGACUUGUAUCACGUUCUUGUUUUUGUGCUGA